GUGGCUCAGUGAGUAAGUGCCCCACUGUGAGAAAGAUGUGUCAGUCUGCUUCUGUAAAAGAUUACAGCCUUGGAAACCCUGUGGGUCUAUGGGUUGAGAUCAACUGGAUGGCAGUGGGUUAAUGGUUUAAAAGGGAAAAUUUCAAGGAAUUAUUUGUGGAUUGCCAUCAAACAAGAGUUCAGUAUGGGUCCUGUGGACUCUGGAUUCUCAAUCUUUAAAGUCAGUGGGACUAACAUAACCCAACCUUGGCCCUCCUGCGAUGCAUUUUACAGACAUGGUGGUUAAUGCCCCAAGGGAAAAUGAGCUCACGGGUCAAAAAACUGGAUGGCCAAAGACUAGUAUACACUGAACAACACAUGUCUAAAACACUCCUUAAGUAGAAAAUAAGGAGAUAAGAGAAGAUGUUAGCAAAGUGAAAUAAGAAUGAGAAAUCAUAAAAAGAAUUUAGUGAAAAUAUUAGGUAUGAAAAAUAAAACUGUUGGAAUAAAGAACCUUAUAAAUGGAAAUAGAAUAAAUAAAAUAGAAUGAAUAUAAACAGAAUUUAUGCAUACAAGAUUGUGGAACUGUCACAGAAGGCAAUAGGAAAAUAUAAAAAAAGAUUUAAAAAAUGAAAGAAAAGCUUGGAAAUGUGGAGAACAGAUGUAGAUGUGCCAACACCUGGGUAAUAGUUUCAGCUGGGAGAGAAAAGUAAAAAUGGAAAGAAGGAAAUAGUUGAAGAAAUAAUGGAGAUAAAUGUCCCAGAAAUGACCUUGUUUGAAAGGGCUUAAAAAAAAAAAAAAAAAAAAAAAGGCCUAAAUAAGAAUAGGUAAGGAAAAAUCCAUUUCUAGGUGCAACAAUAAAAUUUAAGCAUAAUGAGGACAACGACAACAACAACAAAAAAAUCUAAAAGCUUCCAGAGAGAAAGAACAGACCACUUUAGAAAGAAUGACAAUGAGUUGGACAUCAAACAGCUACCUUGGUUGCUAGAAGACAGUGAUGUGAAAGGAUAAUGGGAAAAAAAUCACCUGCAUUCAAGGGCUCAAAACUUUUGCCACACAGAGCCAAAUAGAAAACACUUCUGAAGGAAGUCCUUAGAGAAUAAAUGAAAAAAUCCAGGCAAAAAUGCAAGAGAUAUGAGGGAAGGAAAGAAUCUGGCAUCAAAGAAAAAUAAGAAUAGAAAAUGUUUCUCAGAAAAUCCUGAAUUUAAACUAUAUAUUCUGAACAAUUUCCAGGAUGGCAUAUGUGGGCAUGUGUUGUGGGGAAAGAAGUAUAAGUGAGUGGGACAUGAGAGUAAGCUUAAGGUGUUGUCUUAUUAGGGGAAAUAUAGAAACUGAUAAACUUAAGAAAGCAACAGGGAUGAAGUGAGGAAUUAGGGUCAACUACCACGGUUUUUUUUUUUUUUUUACCAUGAGAACUCUACAUUCAAGAGCAAGUUUCAGAGUCUCCUCUGACAUCCAUUUUGGCCUUUGUUUCCUCCUUUUCAAUGACCUUUUGCUUUCUUCAUGUACGGUGUCCUUCAUGUCAUUCCACAACUUGUCUGGUUCCAGUCAUUAGUGUUCAAUGCGUCAAAUCUGUUCUUGAGAUGGUCUCUAAAUUCAGGUGGUAUAUACUCAAGGUUGUACUUUGGCUCUUGUGGACUUUUCCUAAUUUUUUCCAGCUUCGACUUGAACUUGUAUAUGAGCAAUUGACAGUCUGUUCCACAGUCAGUCCCUGGCUUUGUUCUGACUGAUGAUAUUGAGCUUCUCCAUUGUCUCUUUCCACAGAUGUAGUUGAUUUGAUUCUUGUGUAUUCCAUCCAGCAAGGCUGUGUGUAUAGUCACUCUUUGUGCUGUUGAAAAAAGGUAUUUAUAAUGAAGAAGGUGCUGGUCUUGCACAAUUCUAUCAUGCAAUCUCUGGCAUCGUUUCUAUCACCAAGGCCGUAUUUUCCAACUACUGAUCCUUCUUUGUUUCCAACUUACCCAUUCCAAUCACCAAUAAUUAUUAAUGCAUCUUGAUUGCAUGUUUGAUCAAUUUCAGACUGCAGAAGUUGGUAAAAAUCUUCAAUUUCUUCAUCUUUGGCAUUAGUGGUUGGUGUGUAAAUUUGAAUAAUAGUUGUAUUAACUGGUCUUUCUUAUAGGCAUAUGGAUGUUAUCCUAUCACUGAAAGCAUUGUACUUCAGGAUAGAUCUUGAAAUGUUCUCUUUGACAAUGAAUGCGACACCAUUCCUUUUCAAUCUGUCCUACCCGGUAUAGUAGACCAUAUGAUUGUCUGAUUAAAAAUGGCCAAUACCAGUCCAUUUCAGCUCUCUAAUGCCUAGGAUAUUAAUCUUUAUGUGUUCCAAUUCAUUUUUGAUGACUUCCAAUUUUCCUAGAUUCAUACUUCCUGUGUUCCAUGUUCUGAUUAUUAAUGGAUGUUUACAGUUGUUUCUUCUCAUUUUGAGUAGUGCCCCAUCAACAACUGAAGCUUCCGAAAGCUUGACUCCAUCCAUGCCAUUAAGGUCGACUCUACUUUGAAAAAGCAGCUCUUCCCCAGUUGUAUUUUGAGUAACUAAAGCGAAUGGAAGAAAAGAAGACGUAAAAGAGCUGAACGGAAGAUUUCAAAGGGUUGCUUGAGGAGACAAAGUGAAGUAUUAUAAUGAAAUGUGUGUAAGACCUGGAGUUAGAAAACCAAAAGGCAAGAACACGUUUGGCAUUUUUGAAGCUGAAAGAACUGAAGAUAAAAUAAACCGAGUGUGACCUGUAUCCAAUAAUAUAAACAGUAAUACCCGCGAGGAGCAUGCUUCUUAGAACAAUCAAUUAUAUGAGAUCAAAAGGGCACUAUUUGCCCAAAAGCAAAGAUGAGAAGGCAGGAAGGGUAGAAAAUCAGAACGAAAGGAAACAGAAACUAGGGCAGAAAUGGGGAGAGUGCUGACAUAUUGUGGGGAAUGAAACCAAGGCAGUGAAACACUUCAUGUACAAAAUAUUGAAUGGGAAUCUAAUUUGCUAUGUAAAUUUCCACCUAAUGCACACAAAAAAAGAGAAUAUGAACUUUGAGUGCCAGAAUAGAAAUCCAAAUUUUUACUGUAUCACUCUUUGUAUUGCUUAUAUUAUUAUAAUCAACAUGUAUUACCUUGUGAUUAAGUUACUACAUUUUGUCAAAUAAAAAAUAGAAAGGAAAUACACAGAGCACAUUCUAUUAUUAAUGUGCUUUUACAUAGAACAACCCAAGGGGCAACUCUGUUAUUUAGGAAAAGCUGAGUCUCCUCUCGGAAGACUAAGAUACAAUUUAAUCUUCAAAUUUACACAGACACCUCAGCUUUCUUCAAAAAAUAACAUCAACAAGUGGCAUUCAGGUACUUGGCUUGAUACCUUCAAAUCUUUGUUUCCCUUGGUCUCAGAUGCACAGGUGACUUGGUCACAAGAGUCUGGAUUCCUAGGCAGCAGUUGUCAGCUAAGACAGGGUGGAGGUUACAUACCUGCUUCAGCACAGGAAGCUCUUGUCUUCCAUGAAAGGAGGCCAGACUGCUGUUGGGGUGCACUUCACAGUCAGGGCUUCAAUGGGGCUGGCUGCUGGAGAGGGUAUAUGACUGCUGCCUUUAUAGGCCAUGCUCCAUGGCUUGCAGUAAAGAGCUUUGCAGUAGCAGCCUUGUAGACCUCCCAUCCAAAAGCUGCUGCAGUGGAGUGCUUGAUGUUCUGAUAUUUCUUGUUGGAUAUCUUUCUUUUUGAAAUUGUGCAUUAGGUGAAAGCUAACAGAGCAAAUUAGUUCCUCAUCUAACAAUUUAUAAAUAAAUCAUUUUGUGAUAUUGGUUGCAAUCCUCAUGAUGUGUCAACACUCUCCCCUUCUCUACCCCUGUUCCCCAUUUCUAUUAAUCCCAUUUUCCUGUCCUUCUUAUCUUUGCUUUUGGGCAGGUAUUGCCCAUUUGGUCUCAUUUAAUGAAGCUGAAGAAAAUUAGAACAUGUCCAUGAGAGCCAAAGUACGACCUUGAGCAUAUCCUACCUGAAUUUAAAGACCAUCUCAAGAAUAGAUUUGAUGCAUUGAAAACUAAUGAUCGAAGACCAGGCAAGUUGUGGAAUGACAUCAAGGACAUUAUACGUGAAGAAAGCAAGAGGUCAUUGAAAAGAGAGGAAAGAAAGAAAAGACCAAAAUGGAUGUCAGAGGAGACUCUGAAAGUUGCUCUUGCCCAUAGAGUAGCUAAAACGAAAGGAGGAAAUGAUGAAGUAAAAGAGGUGAACAAAAGAUUUCAAAGGGUGGCUUGAGAAGACAAAGUAAAGUAUUAUAAUGAAUUUUCUGGAGAUAGAAAAUCAGAAGGGAAAAACAAGCUCAACACUUCUCAAGCUGAAAGAAAUGAAAAAAUACAAGUCUUGAGUUGCAGUAUUAAAGGAUUCUAAGGGGAAAAUACUAAAUGACUCAGGAAACAUCAAAAGAAGAUGGAAGGAAUACAGAGAGUUACUGUACCAAAAAGAAUAGCUCAAUGUUCAGCCAUUUCAGGAGGAAGCACAUGAUCAAGAACCGGUGGUAUUGAAGGAAGAGGUCCAAGCUGCACUGAAGGCAUUGGCAAAAAACACGGGUCCAGGAAUUGAUGGAAUACCAAUUGAGAUUUUUUAACAAAUGGAUGCAGCGCUGGAGGUGCUCAUUCAUCUAUGCCAAGAAAUUUGGAAGACAGCUACCUGGCCAACUGACUGGAAGAGAUCCACAUUUGUACCCAUUACAAAGAAAGAUUAUCCAAGAGAAUACGGAAAUUAUCAAACAAUAUCAUUAAUAUCACACCCAAGUAAAAUUUUGCUGACGAUCAUUCAAAAGUAGUUUCAGCAGUACAUCAACAUGGAAACUGCCAGAAGUUCAAGCUGAAUUCAGAAGAGGACAUGGAACAAGAGAUGUCAUUGCUGAUGUCAGAUGGAUCCUGGCUGAAAGCAGAGAAUACCAGAAAGAUGUUUACCUGUGUUUUAUUGAUUAUCCAAAGGCAUUUGACUGUGUGGAUGCUAAGGAUACCAAGAAGGGGAAUUCCAGAACACUUAGAUUGUACUUCUGAGGAAUCUGUACAUAGACCAAGAGGCAGUUGUUUGAACAGAAAAAGGGGAUACUGCAAUGGUUUAAAGUCAAGAAAGGUGUGCGUCAGGGUUGUAUCCUUCCACCAUACUUAUUCAAUCUGUCUGCUGAGCAGAUAAUCUGAGAAGUUGGACUACAUGAAGAACUGGGCAUGAGGAUUGGAGGAAGACACAUUAACAACCUGUGAUAUGCAGAUGACACAACCUUGCUUGCUGAAAGUGAAGAGGACUUGAGGCAUUUACUGAGGAAGAUCAAAGACCACAGCCUUUAGCAUAGAUGACACUUUAACAUAAAGAAAACAAAUAUCCUCACAACUGGACCACUAAUCAACAUCAUGGUAGAUGGAGAAAGUAUUGAAAUUGUCAGGGAUUUCAUCUUAAAUGGAUGCACAAUCAGUGCCCAUGGAAGCAGCAGUCAAGAAAACAGGUGAAGCAUUGCGUUGGGCAAAUCUGCGGCAGAAGACCCCUUUCAAGUGUUAAAAAGCAAAGAUGUCACUUUAAGGACUAAGGUGCAUCUCACCCAAGCCAUUAUGUUUUCAAUUGCCUCAUAUGCAUGUGAAAACUGGACAGUGACUAAGGAAUACUGAGGAAGAAUUGAUGCUUUUGAAUUUUGAAUUAUUUUGAAUUUUGAAUUAAGAACACUGAAUAUACCAUGGACAGCCAGAAGAACGAACAAAUCUGUCUUGGAAGAAAUACAGUCAGAAUGUUCACUGGAAGCAAGGAUGGCAAGACUUUGUUUGAUGUACUUUGGUCAUGUUAUCAGGAGGGACCAGUCCCUGGAGAAGGACAUCAUGCUUGGUCAGCAAAAAAGAGGAAGAUCCUCAAUGAAAUGGAUUGACACAGUGGCUGCAACAAUGGGCUCAAGCACAAGAAGGAUUGUGAGGAAGGCACAGGACCGGGCAGUAUUUUGUUCUGUUGUACAUAAGCUCACUAUGAGUCAGAUCUGACCCGACAGCACCUAACAACAACAGUUAGUGAUUUCCUUUCCCCGCAUGUGAGCAGUAAGGUUGUGUGUCAAUUUGGCUGGGCCGUGAUUCUCAGUAGUUUAGCAGUUAUGAUGUAGUUUGGCAGUCUAAUAAUGAUGUAAUCACCUUCGUAAUGAAAUCUGAUAUAAUGUAAUCACCUCCAUGAUGGAAGUUGAAAGGGAGUUUCCUUGGGGGUGUGGUCUGCAGCCAAUAGAGGUGGACUUUCUAGCAAGGCUCCUGGUCUUUUGCUCGCUCCGGAUCCUGCACUUGACUCUCGUUUGUCUGACCUCUGCUUCUUGGUAUUUAAGCCAGCACCUUGCCUGCCAGUCUUGGGAUUCAUCAGCCUCUGUCUUCUGGAUCUUGGGUUCGCCACCCCCUGCAGCUACGUGAAUUGAGAGAAGCCUCCAACCUGACCCACGGACUUGGGACUUUCCAGCCUCUACAACAGAAUGCACUUUCAUCUAGAAGAUCCCCGGUUGCUUUGUUUUGAGAGCUUGUUGAGGAGCUGCUAAGUUGGCUGCUAGCCUCUGUGGAAUCCAGAUGACUCUUCCCAGGAUGGAUUUGACCAGCCCACCAUGUGGCACACUACAAAGGCAAGCACGGAGUAAGCGGAUUAUUUUUAACCAGAGUCAAAAGGAUACCCUCCAAGCAUCAUUUGAACAGAAUCCUUACCCUGGUAUAGCUUCCAGAGAACAACUGGCCAAAGAAACAGGCAUUCCGGAGUAUAAAAUUCAGAUUUGGUUUCAAAACCACAGACAGAUACAUCAAAGACAGAGACGAAAGGGAUCUGGAUGCUCCUUUGGGGAAGAUCAGAGACAGGAUGAGCUUCAGUCUAUGACUCAAGAAAACUUCCCAAAGGAAGCCAGAAGAAGCCGGACAUCUAUCACAAGAUCUCAAACCAGCAUCCUAGUUCAAGCCUUUGAGAAGAAUCAAUACCCGGGUAUUGCUAUCAGGGAAGAGCUGGCGCAACAAACCGGGAUUCCAGAGUCAAGGAUUCAAAUAUGGUUUCAGAACCGAAGAAUGCGACACCCAAAUGGACAGAGUAGAAGAAAACAUGUGAAUUCCUUGACAGACAACCCAAAUUUGAGUGUUCAGCAGGACCAAAGUGACCAUUCUACUCUCCCAAGCACAGUUCAUCAUUUUCCUCCCUCUGAUUCUUUCAGCAGGAACCAAACAUUUAUACCUGCUCUUCAUCUGUCCCACAUGUCUUUUGCUCCUCGGGACCCCAAGCAUCCAAAUGUGAGCCAAGCACCAGGUGUUAUGAUGGUCCAGCCCACUCAGGCUCUGCAGAGAGGAGAGGAUUCUCAUCGCCCUCUGACACUUUUAAAUCACUUGCAAGCAAGUGAUCUGAGAAAGGAGCUCUCAGAUACUCAAACUCCUUCCUGGCCCCAAUGGCAAGGACAAUGUCCUAAUCACAAGGAACACACUGCAGCAGCAGGGUUGCACUUUGAGCACUAUUUUCAGCCACAACCUGAUAACAAAAAACAAAAAUGGUGGGGUCAGAGUGAGCAAGACCUAGCUCUCAUUACACAAUGCUGGGACGAGGCAUGCCAGGCUCUGAUAGCUGAGUGGGAACCCCCUGAAGGAACACCGUGGUCUUCAGGAUCCCUUGAGAUGAAUCUGUGGCACUGUCAGUUUAAGAGCCAUGUCAUCCAUUGAGCAACCGCACUGGUAAUAGAUAGAAACCUCAAGCUUUACAGACCAACACCUCAUUCAUCAAACAGGUCAAAGGCACAGCCUUUUGCAUUUGGAUCCACAGGUGGCCCCUCCACGAUCUGAACCACCCCUCACUGUAGACGAUUUUCAGGUUUCCUGCACAUGCUGCGAAGGUCACCAAGACCUCAGAGGAAGAUGUCAUUCUCAUAUCCCUGAUCCUGGUCUCCUUUUUUUAAAAUUGGAAUCAGAAUGAUUUAAGGGACAAUGAACAAGGAGGAUGUCACGAUCAGGAGCAAGAUUAAGUUAGAAAGAAGGAUAAAUCACUCGGAAAUCCAAAUGGAGGCUUUUACACUGUCCUGUGGGCAGUGCUUGUCUUCUGUAUUUACUUCGUUAUGUAAAUAAUGGUUUCAAAGCUUCGUACUCCAUUAGGAGGCACAACAGGCACCAGCAGCAGACAUAUUGUCUGAAUCCUUGAUGGAUAACAGUCUUUUCUGCAAUCAUCACCGCCUGGCCAGGCUGGCCAGCUCCUAAACUAUAACUUAACCCAAGCUAAGAAAAUAGUUCUAAGAGGGACACAACAGUCAUUACUCCCCUUCUAGCAAUAUGAGAAGUCAAAUGUAAAUUAGUUUGAUGUGUAGAAAAUGAGAGGAUGCUAUAUUUCCUGAUAAUGUGAGUUCAUAAAAUUGAGUGUUUUCCUAUCUCUGAGAGUUGGAGUUGGGAGGUGGAAAUUAUCUCAGUAACCAUCAAUGAGAGAAUGAUUAAAUAAAUUAUGAUAUAACCAUAAUACUAAGUAUUCUUCAUGUAUAAAUGUGUUUUUUCUCUUGACCAUUUAAAAUGCCCAGAAAAUUACAAGUAAAAGUACAAGAGCAUCACCAUGUCAUCACUGAGAAAAAUCUAUUGAUGUUGCUGUGGGCGACUCUGUGUGUUACUGAGUAGAACUGCUCCAUAAGGUUUUCUUGGUUGUAGUCUAUGGGGUUGCUGUGAGUAGGAAUGGACUUGAUGGCAAUGUGUUUUUUAAUCUUUAGGGAAACAGAUCUGUGGUGCUACUUGGUGGGUUUUGAACUACCAACCUUUAGAUUAGUAACUGGGUGUAAAUCAUCUGCACCACUCUGAGAUACUUUCCACAUUUUCAUUUUUUUUUUCAUAUUUUUGUACAUACAGGCAGUCCCCGGCAGUACACGACUUAUAUACAACCCAUAGUUAUGAACCAUCCCCUGUAAAGGUUAUUAUAUUUUAAAUCUGAGGUACAUACAAUCGUUCAUAAUAACAAAUGGACACAACUUUGUGACAUGCAACAAAACAUUACUAUUAUUAUUUCUGUAUUAUAAUAUUAAUCAUGCUUUAGUGUAUCUGGAAGUGUUUCUUUAGUGUUUUUUAUACAUAGAAAGGUACACUGUAUACUAUAUAUUAAGACAAACAUUUAACUGACUGACGUUAGAUACAAACCAUACCUAACUUACCUAUAAAUUCAACUUAAAGACAGACUUAGGAACGAAACUUUUUUGUAAUCCAGGGACUGACUGUAUAUAUGUAUCCACAACAUUCCAAUUUUAGUAUAAAUAAAUUGUAUGCAUACUAAAAUCUUCAUUGUUGUUAGGUGCCAUCAAAUUGGUUCUGACUCAUAGCAACCCUGUGUAUAACAGAAAGAAACACUGCCCAGUCCUGCGUCAUCCUCACAAUUGUUGUUAUGCUUAAGCCCAUUGUUGCAGCCACUGUGUCAAUCCAUCUCAUUGAGGGUCUUCCUCUUUUUCGCUGACCCUCUACUUUACCAAGCAUGAUGUCCUUCUCCAGAGACUGAUCCCUCCUGACAACAUGUCCAAAGUAUAUGAGAUGUAGACUCCACCAUUGCUUCUAAGGAGCAUUCUGGUUGUACUUCUUCCAAGACAGAUUUAUUUGUUCUUUUGGCAGUCUGUGGUAUAUUCUGUAUUCUUCUCCAACACCACAAUUCAAAUAUCAUCAGUUCUUCGGUCUUCAUUCAUUGUCCAGCUUUCACAUAUGUAGGAGGCGAUUGAAAACACCAUGGCUUGGGUCAGGUGCUCCUUAGUCUUCAAGGUGACAUCUUUGUUUUUCAACACUUUGAAGAGGUCCUUUGCAGCAGAUUUGCACGGUGCAAUGUGUCUUUUGAUUUCUUGACUGCUGCUUCCAUGGGCGUUGAUUGUGAAUCCAAGUAAAAUGAAAUCCUUGACAACUUCAAUUUUUCCUCCGUUUAUCAUGAUGUUGCUUCUUGGUCCACUUGUGAGGAUUUUUGUUUUGUGUUGAGGUAAUCCAUACUGAAGGCUAUGACCUUUGAUUUUUAUCAGUAAGUGCUUCAAGUUCUCUUCACUUUCAGCAAGCAAGGUUGUGUCAUCUGCAUAACGCGGAUUGUUAAUGAGCCUUCCUCAAUCCUGAUGCCUAUUCUUCAUAUAGAACAGCUUCUCGGAUUAAUAGCUCAGCAUACAGAUUGAACAGGUAUGAUGAAAGGAUACAACCCUGAUGCACACCUUUCCUGACUUUAAACCAUGCAGCAUCCCCUUGUUCUGUUCAAACAACUGCCUCUUAUCUAUAUACAGGCUCCUCAUGAGCACAAUUAAGUGUUCUGGAAUUCCCAUUCUUCGUAAUGUUAUACAUAAUUUGUUAUGAUGCACACAGUUGAAUGCCUUUUCACAGUUAAUAAAACCCAGGUAAGCAUCUUUUCGGUAUUCUAUGCUUUCAGGCAGGAUCCAUCUGACAUCAGCAAUGAUAUCCCUGGUUCUGCAUCCUCUUCUGAAUCCGGCCUGAAUUUCUGGGAGUUUUCUGUUGAUAUCCUGCUGCAGCCACUUUUGAAUGAUCUUCAGCAAAAUUUUACUUGCAUGUAUUAAUGAUAUUGUUCCAUAAUUUCUGCUAUCAGUGGUAUCACCUUUCUUAGGAAUAGGCCUAAAUACAGAUCUCUUCCAGUCAGUUGGUCAGAAAGCUGUCUUCCAAAUUUCUUGGCAUAAUGUGUGAGUACUUUCAGUACUGCAUCCGUUUGUUGAAACAUCUUAAUUGGUAUUCCAUCAAUUAUCCUGGAGUCUUGUUUUUCGCCAAUGCCUUCAAUACAGCUUGGACUUCUUCAGUACCAUUGGUUCCUGCUCACAUGGUACCUCCUGAAAUGGCUGAACGUCGACCAAUUCUUUUUGGUAUUGUGACUGUAUUCCUUUCAUCUUCUUUUGAUGCUUCCUGAGUUGUUUAAUAUUUUCCCCAUAGAAUCCUUCUGUAUUGCAACUCGAGGCUUGAAUUUUUUCUUCAGUUCUUUCAGCUUGAGAAGUGAAGAGCAUUUUCUUCCCUUUUGGUUUUCCAUCUCCAGGUCUUUGUACAUGUCAUUAUAAUACUUUGUCUUCUCAAACUGCCCUUUGAAAUCUUCUGUUCAACUCUUUUACUUUAUCAUUUCUUCCUUUUGCUUUAGCUACUCCACAUUCAAGAGCAAGUUCCAGAGUCUCUUCUGACAUCCAUUUUGGCCUUUUCUUUCUUUCCUGUCUUUUUACUGACCUCUUGGUUUCUUCAUGUAUGAUGUCCUUGAUGUCAUUCCACAACUCGUCUGUCUUCAGUCAUUAGCGUUCAACACGUCAAAUCUAUUUUGAUAUGGUCUCUAAAUUCAAGUGGGAUAUACUGAAGGUCAUUCUGUGGCUCUCAUGGACUUGUUCUAAUUUUCUUCAGUUUCAACUUGAACUUGCAAAUGAGCAAUUGAUGCUCUGUUCCACAGUCUGCCCCUGGCCUAGUUCUGACUGACGAUAUUGAGCUUUUCCAUUGUCUCUUUCACAGAUGUAGUCAAUUUGAUUCCUGUGUAUUUCAUCUGGCGAGGUCCAUGUAUAUAGUUGCCUUUUGUGUUGGUAAAAAAAGGUAUUUGCAGUGAAGACAUUGUUAGUCUUGCAGAAUUCUAUGAUGUGAUCUCUGGCAUCCUUUCUAUCACUGAGGCCAUAUUUUCCAACUACUGAUCCUUCUUUGUUUCCAAUUUUCACACUCCAACCUCUAGUAAUAACCAAUGCAUCCUGAUUGCAUGUUCGAUCAAUUUCAGACUGUGGAAAUUGGUAAAAGUCUUCAGUUUCUUCAUCUUUGGCCUUAGUGGUUGGUACAGAAAUUUGAAUAAUAGUCAUAUUAACUGAUCUUCCUUGUAGGCGUAUGGAUAUUAUCCUAUCACGGACAUUGUGGUACUUCAGGAUAGAUCUUCGAAUGUUCUUUUUGACGACAAAUGCAAUGACAUUCCUCUUCAAGUUGUCAUUCCCAGCAUAGUAGAUUGUAUGAUUCAAAAUGGCCAAUAUCAGUCCAUUUCAGUUCACUAAUGCCUAGGAUAUCAAUGUUUAUGCGUUCAAUUUCAUUUUUGACAACUUCCAAUUUUCCUAGAUUCAUACUUCGUACAUUCCGCAUUCCAAUUAUUAAUGGAUAUCUGCAGCUGUUUCUUCUCAUUUUGAGUCAUUCCACAUCAGCAAAUGAAGGUCCAGAAGGCUUGACUCCAUCCAUGUCAUUAAAGGUUGACUCUACUUUGAGGAGGCAGCUCUUCCCCAGUUAUCUUUUGAGUGGCUUCCAACCUGAGGGGCUCUUCUUCCAGCAGUAUAUCAAACGAUGUUCCUCUGCUAUUCAUAAGGUUUUCACUGGUUAAAUCAUUUCAGAAGUGGACUGCCGGGUCCUUCUUCCUAGUCUGUCUUAGUCUGGAAGCUGAGCUGAAACCUGCCCGCCAUGGGUGACCCUGCUGGUAUUUGAAUACUGGUGGCGUAGCUUCCAGCAUCACAGCAACACGCAAGCCUCCACAGUACGAUAAACAGACACGUGGGGGACUAAAACCUUUGGUCAUCCUUGAAAUGAAACUCCUCCCUUCUUUGGAAAUGGUUACUUCUAAAAUGUGUUAUGGUGUAUCAAGCUGUGUGUCAAUUUAUAUUGGUACAAUAAAUAUAUCUUUGAAAAACAAAGAUUGCUUCUUUGUUAUUUUAUCAAUUUGUAUUCUUUG